CUCCAUUAGUGUCCCUGAUGCAAUGCACUUGACUGAAAAAACCUCUCCGGGUGGGAUGGAGGGGUAGGGGGAUCUUCAGGGGUCCUGUUCAGAGUUGAUCCCCUUACCUUACCCCACCAAACCCAACGUGGCUUACUGGGAACUACCUAGCGUCCGGCACUGAGCUACCACUCCCCGCCGAGCAAAGAAAGCCGACAAUAAUGCGCCGAUGCUAGCCCUGUUUCCCGCUCCCGUUUUAUCCGUCGUUGUGUCGCCCGGAAUGCCUCCGGUUCCGCGCCCAAAGUUCCGAGAGACGUUUUUGCCGUUACUGACAUCCGCGUUGGGAUAUCUUGGCUGCUUUAGAGGCUUAAAGGUGAGGGGUUGACGGAGCGUGCUCUAAGCACAGUGCGGGGUGAGCUUUGAUAUCAAAUCAAGAGCUGGAGCUUGACUCAUUACAAAAGAGCCACAUGACGGUACGCCCAGGGGCCCGAGAAGGAAGGAAUUAUCUCCUCGGCUUUUGGUAAUGGGAAGAAGAGCUUCCGAGAGGAUAUAAAGAGCCCCUAGCUGAGAUCCCAGAGACUGGUGGGGUGUCUCAGCGAUCGGGGGCUCAAACAUGGAUUCAUUGUUCUCAAAUCGAUCUGGGGACCGGGGCGGGCGCGGCACCUUGGGAAGUGCGGUGCCAUGGGCGCAAUAAGGGUCCAGAUGUGCCUGUCCAAGGUAUCGAGAAAGUGGGAGUGUGGCGGUCUGAGAGUUUGUGUGGCUGGUGAACGACGAAGAUUGAUUGUGCCUUUUGGUUAUAGCUAGGCCCAAAUGGGAACCGAGAACAGGUUCUCUGACAGCAGGCUCUUGUCCGAUGCAAGUGAAAUCCCGACUUUGACCGACAUUCCAGAUCUGCGAUUUGGGGUUAGGUAUUUUUACCAUUGCAGGAGGCGCCAGAAGCGCCUUGGCAGAUGGGCAGCCGGGAAAUGCACAGUCCAGAUGCGCUUGGCUAUUUCUGUAUGAGGCUGUUGGGUCCCAAAUUGCGUUGCUCGUCAGUUGAUGCCGUCUAACGAUGCGCAAUUUUCCCUCGCAUUUAAAUUAAAAUAAAUCAUCUUGUUAUCUCGCAGGGCUGGACGCGUGGCAGCAAUUACCUCAGACCAGGGCUUGCUCUUGUUUGGUUGAAGGGAUUCAGGGUUGAGUUGACUGCCCGGGGCCAUGUUCCGCGGGUGCAAGUCCGUGCUGGAGGGUGGAUUCCCGUCCAGCCUUGAAAGCGCACGGUCUUUUCAGAUUUGGUGUAUCAAUCGAGGUUCGAGAUGGUUGUAAACGAAGAGCAGAAGACUCAGUGAGAGAUACAUAUAUCACAGGAUAUAGGCACCGUCAGCAACUUCUAGACCAAGUACUGGUGUACACACUACUGCUCGACUGCUCGAUAUCGGACAAUUGUUGUUGGGAGGUUAGGUAGGUAUAACGAUUGGCGGAAUUCCAAUCGGUGUUUGCUGGGCCAUAUCAUUGGAGAGAUUUUUGCCAUUUGAUGUCUCUGAUCAGGCCGUUGGUUAGCAUAGGUGAUGGGAUUCAGGGUUCCCCACCCUGCUGAUGCUGUGCGCACACAAGAAAUGCAGAUGGAGCCUCUCCGCACCGCCCGCCCGGACGCACACACAAGCGCGCCCCAUGCCACGCUGCUGAGUGCGCCCACAAUCCACAGAGGCCCCAGGCCACAGAUCCACAGCAGCCGAUGCCCACCAGAAGUGCCCGCCUGGGUGGGCGUCUCACUCACACUUUUCGCCUAUUCGCACCGUCAUCCUCUCGAGACAGGAUCCCCAAGAACUGUCCGCCACUACUGAGGUACCUCGCCGAACUGAACCCGUAGGUAGCCUUGAUUUCCACACUUGUUGUCCCCGCUCGCAUAUCCAUAUACUCGGCACCGCUGUCAGCCAUCGCAGCCAUAGCAUCCACAUCCACAUCAACACCAACACCUCAGCCCGGCCCAUAUUCCAUCCCCGACGCCGACGACCUGUACUCCUCAAGCGACCGACCCGGCGGGCAUGACCUGACAGACUGAUAACCCCCGAGACGUGGAAUGGCCGUGGUCCGCUAACGGUUGAUCGGUUCCCUUGUUCCCGCUCGGCCUGUUGCUGGCGACAAUGCCCCGGAAUGACGCCAGUUCCCGCUUCAGCUCUAUGACGGGCUCCAGCACCGACAGUGCGAGAUCCAACAUCACUGUGAAGCCGCUCCCCUCUCUCCCUCCAUCAGCGUCAUCCUCUUCUCCUUUCGCCGCCUCCUCAAACCAAACCAGCAAUGCGUCCCGGUCCGGUUCUCAUGGCUCGCGCAGGGCUGCCCCCUCGCGCCUCAAGACUGACGAGAACGGCCAAUUAAGUCGGUCUUUCAAGGAUUCUGAUGCCCAAGUCUCGCCGACCUCCACCUCGCGCCUUGCGCUUUCGCCUUCCUCCAUCACCUCCAGCAAUUCCAUUCGCGAACACCGAAUGAGCGACCUGGCUGACUACCGACGCGACUUGGCCAUCCUCGACCCCGCCGGAGGAAGGGCAUCGCGAACUCAACAAAACAACCCGUCCUCUGGCUCUCUAAGUCAGAUCGCGCCCUGGAUGGCGGCCGCACCGACGCCGGCUAGUUCAGGGCCGUUACCCACUAGCUUUUUCAACGACUCGACAGACAACCUGUCACUUAGCUCGCAAACUUCGCCGGGUCUCCGCAAUGCCACAGCGCGACCGUCCCAAACGACGACCGGGAGUACUGAAUCCCCAGAAACCUUGUAUUUCACCGAUGAAAGACGUCCGUCGAUUGCGAGCAUCACCACAACUGCAAGUAGCCAGGGCUCGAGGGCGAGUGGUGCCAGAGGCGGGAUUCGAAAGCUCCAGGGGUUUUUCGGAGAGGAGUUUCCGGGUCGUGAUUCCUCCGAGAUCAGUCUCUCUCAUCCCAUCGUGGGGAAAGAGCACCGCUCGCAUUCUUACAGCCAUGCACGGCCACAUCGGGAUCGCAACUACUCCAAUGCCACAGAUCAUGGCAGGGACGCAUCACCGGCCUCCAGGCCUCGAACACCCGUACCGAAGCCGGAAGUUGUGCCUUUCCUGUAUCAGGAAGCUGACGAUAUCGCGCGCUACGGAGAAGCACCCGUCCGAGACAUCCUGAGUGGGCCGGAUCGCGAACGCUUCGUCAAUGAUAGCUCCCAGCAAAACAAUCCGCCAAAAACGUCGGGUUCGGGCCGUUCCGGACACUCAAUUGGUGUGCAUUUGACCGGACAUCAUCACAGACACAACAAGAGCAACGAGGAUCCUCGGUCCCUUCGGCCCUCUGUCAGCCGGGAAGACUCGACGAUAAGCGUUCCGAAGGAUCGGAACGGCUCCUCCACCAUGUACGGCACCCGGUCCCGCGCACAGAGUCCCGCUCCGAGCACAACCGGUAGUUAUUGGGGCCACAAGAGCGGUAGUACCGACGGCCAAACCUCACCCGGUCAACCGAAAAAGAGCUUCCUUGGACGGCUUGGAAGAAGGCUCAAAGAAAAGGACGAUGCUCCAGAUCUGAAGAAACUCGGUCCAGCGUCCCAGUCCUCUUUGCAUUCCCGACCCUCCCGACAAGAGCUCUCCAAAGCUGACGGCCAGUUCGCGCGAGGUGCGGACGGGAAAUACCAGCCUGAUGUUCGGGAUGGUAUUCGCCCGGAUCCUGCCCGUCCAGCUAAUGGACCUCAAACGUUCAACAAGUUUUCCCUUUCCAAAAAGGCCCCUAGAAGCAAGACGCAGGAUGACCUGGACGAAGCUAUUGGCCCCACCGAUAAGCAAGAUGGCGGCACCAUGUUUCACCUCGACACCAAUCUUAAUAAUAUGGAUGGUAUUUUGAGCAAACCGGCGCCGCUCACCCCCAUGAACGCUCAUGAAAUCUUUGACGAGGUCGGCUCAGGCAAGGGAUCAAUCAGUUACCCGAGUUCCAAUGGGGCAUGGAAUGCACCGGACAGCUGGGCUGUGCUGCGAGAUGACGACGCCGGGGCCCAGCUCCCAGACACAGAGGACAUUGGAAGCCCGCCGAGGCCGGAGGAAAAGCAACACAACUAUUGCAUCCGGGUGUUCAGGGCAGAUGGCACGUUUGCGACCCUGCAGAUGCCACUCCUGACGAGCGUCUCAGAGCUCAUCAACCAAAUUGUCAAGAAGUCAUACUUGCAGGAUCCGGAUAAAUUCAAGCUGGUCUUGAAGAAACAUGAUCUCUACAAAGUCCUCCAAAGCACCGAUCGUCCACUGCUGCUACAAAAACGGCUCUUGGAACAAGUAGGAUUCGAAGAGCGUGACAGGAUAGAGGACAUUGGCCGCGAAGACAACAGCUACUUGUGUCGAUUCCUUUUCUACCCCUUCACCGACAACAGCUAUGAAGUGAUGGAUCAAAUGGAGUUCCUUCGGUCCCAGAAAAACAACCACAUCGACCUAUCAGGCCGCAGCCUGUCUGCCAUUCCGGUUCAGCUCUAUCCAAGGGCGAACGAAAUCAUCUCUCUCAACUUGUCCAGAAACUUGUCGCUCCAAGUCCCGCGAGAUUUCAUUUCGGUGUGCCCAAAUCUGCGCGACAUCAAAUUCAACAACAACGAGGCUCGAGCUUUGCCCAAGAGCUUCGGAUAUGCCAGCAGACUCACCAUGUUGGAUGCCUCAAACAACCGUCUGGAGAGCUUGGAAUCUGCGGCUCUUCACAAUCUCACCGGCCUUCUCAAGCUUAACCUGGCGAACAACAAGCUCAAGCAACUACCGAGAGAGUUUGAAGCUUUUGCUGUGCUUCGAACGCUCAACAUAUCCUCCAACCUCUUGAAUAACUUCCCUCCCUUCUUGGCCAAGCUGGAAAAUCUUGUGGAUCUCGAUCUGAGCUUCAACACGAUCCAAAGCCUACCAGAUAAUGUCGGCCAGAUGACGAGUCUCGAAAGGCUUGUCAUUACCAACAAUGAGCUCUCUGGUUCAUUGCCCCCGUCUUUCAAGAACUUGCGCAGUCUCCGUGAGCUGGAUAUCAAGUACAACGCCAUCUCUAAUAUUGACGUGAUCUCCCAGCUGCCCAAACUAGAGAUUCUUUCGGCCACCCGCAACAACAUUUCCCAGUUCAGCGGCACGUUCGAACGGGUCAGAAGCAUCAAGCUGAAUUGGAAUCCCAUCACCAAGUUUGAGAUCAAAGCCCCGGUUCCUACCCUCAAGGCCCUCAACUUGUCCAACGCCCAGCUUGCAAGUAUCGACGAAUCGUUCCACAACAUGUCCAACUUGGAACGGUUAGAGCUCGACAAGAACUACUUCGUCUCACUGCCCGCUCACAUUGGUAAUCUUCGAAGGCUCGAGUACUUCAGCAUUGCACACAACUCGGUAGGUGAGUUGCCUCCCGAGAUCGGAUGCCUGACCGAAUUGAAGCGGCUGGAUGUUCGGGGCAACAAUAUUCGAAAGCUUCCCAUGGAGCUGUGGUGGGCAAACAAGUUGGAUUACCUCAACGCAUCCUCCAACGUGCUGGAGAAUUUUCCAAAACCCGCAUCCCGCGCACCCCAUCCUCCUGGAGAAACAAACGGCAAUACGAGCUUCCCAACUGGCAGAAUUGGACCACCAACCGGUGCCCUGUCCCAGACACCAAGCGCCGAGGAGCUCAACGAUCUUUCAAGACGUCCAAGUCAGGCUUCGAGUAGCCUGCUCAGCGUUGGGCCAUCUCCCGUUCCAGGGGGUGCUGACAGGAAGAGCUCUAUGGUGUCUGUUUACGGGAAGGGUGGGCGAAAAACCUCCGUCAUCUCCAGAUCAACCACACAGAGCAGCACUGCCCUGGCGACGCCGACAGCCAGCUCUAGGAAAGAUUCAAGCCAUACACAGCGACUAACUAAUACCUUUGCCGGAUCGCUUCGAUACCUAUACAUGGCUGACAACCAGCUCGACGAUGACUGUUUCGAUCAGCUGUGUAUGCUGGAGAAUCUUCGUGUCCUCAAUCUUUCCUAUAACGACUUGAGCGACAUGCCACAGCGUUCCAUCAAGUCCUGGCCACAACUGGUCGAGCUGUACCUGUCAGGGAAUGAACUUGCAAGUCUGCCUGCCGACGACUUGGAGGAGUACAGCAUGUUGCAGACGCUCCACAUCAAUGGCAACAAGUUCACCAAUUUGCCUGCCGACAUUUCUCGAGCCAAGAAGCUCACUGUUUUUGACUGUGGCAGCAACUCUCUCAAAUACAAUAUCGCCAAUGUGCCGUACGAUUGGAAUUGGAAUCUUAAUCCCAAUCUUCGGUACCUCAAUUUGUCUGGAAACAGACGGCUGGAGAUCAAGCAAAGUUCCGUUCCCACGGCAGCUCAGAAUCGCGAGCAAUACACCGACUUUGGUAGACUAACCAAUCUUCGAGUUUUGGGUUUGAUGGAUGUGACGGUUCUCAACUCUACACUGCCUGAUCAAAGCGAGGACCGCCGUGUAAGAACGUCUGGGUCUUUGGCAGGGUACAUGCCCUAUGGCAUGGCCGACACUCUGGGAAGCAAGAACGAACACCUCUCCACCAUCGAUCUUGUUGUCCCGCGCUUCAACUCGAAUGAUUCGGAAACUCUUUUGGGUUUAUUUGAUGGCCAGGCGCUCAGUAGUGGUGGCUCUAAGAUCGCCAAGUAUCUCCAAGAGAACUUUGGGCAUAUCUUCUCUCAGGAGUUGAGGGACCUGAAGAAUACCGAGAAUCCUGCCGACGCGCUGAGACGGUCCUUCCUCUCACUUAACAAGGACCUCAUUGCCGCCGGAAACACACACACCGAGGACAGAUCUUUGAUGGUGCAUCGCGGCUCGACGGCCCCUCUUGUCCUCAGCAGAGAGGAUCUGAACUCGGGUGGUGUCGCCACAAUUGUCUACAUUCAGAACCAGGAUCUGUAUGUCGCCAACGUUGGUGAUGUACAGGCAAUGAUCAUCAAAUCAGACAGCACCCACGUCAUGUUAACAAAGAAGCAUGAUCCUGCCGACCCCAACGAGCGCACGCGUAUUCGAGAAGCCGGCGGGUGGGUAUCUCGGAACGGCCGACUCAACGAUCUUUUGGAGGUAUCACGAGCCUUUGGCUAUUUGGACCUGAUGCCCGCUGUCCAGUCGGCACCCAAUAUCGAGAGACAUACGAUCGGCGAGCAUGAUGAGAUGAUCUUGAUUGCAACCAGAGAAGUGUGGGAGUAUCUUCCAAAAGACGUCCUUGUCGAUGUCACCCGUUCGGUGCGCCAGGAUCCAAUGCGUGCAGCUCAAAAAGUCCGAGAUUUGGCCAUGGCGUAUGGGUGCUCCAACAAGAUGACGGUCCAGAUGCUGGGCGUUUCCAACCUUAAGGCAAGAAGGGAGCGCUCGCGGCAGCACAAGGGGCAAAGCAUGCCAGUGUACGCCUCACUUCAAGACGACGGCGGCUCGUCAACUGGCAUGAGGAGAGCCCGAAAGGCAAGGGAUGGCCCUCUGGACUCGACGCUUGGACGACUCGAUGCAGAGGUGCCUGCUCCCACAGGUCUCAUUGCUAUUGUUUUCACAGACAUCAAGAACUCGACACAACUGUGGGAAACGUAUCCUGAAGCCAUGAGGACGGCCAUCAAGAAUCACAAUGAGCUUAUGCGACGUCAACUGAGGACCAUUGGUGGUUUCGAGGUCAAGACAGAAGGUGACGCCUUCAUGGUCUCCUUCCCAACUGCUACGUCAGCUCUCUUGUGGUGCUUUGCCGUCCAAUGCAAGCUGCUCCACUUGGACUGGCCGGCCGAACUCUACAACUCGGUCAAUUGCCAACCAGUGUACGAUCGUGAUAAUAACCUGAUCUUCAAGGGUCUGUCGGUGCGCAUGGGCAUUCACUGGGGCGAGCCUCUCUCAGAGCCUGACCCCGUCACUCGCCGGAUGGAUUACUAUGGCCCGAUGGUCAACAAGGCCAGUCGUAUCUCGGCCUGUGCGGAUGGCGGACAGAUUGCCGUGUCUUCUGACUUCAUUGCGGAAAUUCAACGGUGUCUCGAACACUAUCAGGAGCCGACGAGCUCAGCUGUUGACCUCAAUGAAGACAGUUUCGCGACCGCCAUCCGGAGUGAGCUGCGCAGCUUGAGUGGGCAGGGGUUUGAAGUCAAGGACAUGGGCGAGAAGAAGCUAAAGGGCCUGGAAAACCCCGAGUUUAUCUACUCACUCUAUCCCCAUGCACUCUCCGGCAGAAUCGAGACCCACAGCAAACACGAGAAGGAGCAAGCCCAGGACCUCAGGGAGAUCAGGCCUGCUAUCUUGAGCCCCGGGAGCGAGCUUUCGGUUGAACCAGAUGACAUAUGGAGUCUCUGGAGAGUGGCUCUGCGCUUGGAAAUGUUGUGCAGUAUGUUGGAGGAUAAUAGCAAAGCGCUUCAGCCACCAGAGACAGGUCUCCUAGACAGGAUGAGGCAACGGGGAGGAGAGGUGUCGGAGGACUUUUUGGUCAACUUCCUGGAUCAUCAGGUUAGCCGGAUCGAGACGUGUAUCAACACGAUAUACAUGCGUCACCUCGUCUCGCAGAGCAGCACAGGGUCCAAUUUUGGCGCGUUGCGGGGACCGAUGGACGAGGUUCUCAAGGUGGUUGCCGAGCAGUUCCAGCUGGUAGCUGAGUACAAAGCGCGGUAUGGUGACCUCCGUGUUUGA